AUGCCGCCCCGCUACUUUAAUCUCUUCGACAGAUUCAGCCAGGCAGCCCAAUCCAGCGACUCCGACGCUCAGGAAGAGCGGUCGUGUCAAAGCGGCGUCCAGGACGAACAGCUGCAGCUGCAGGACGACCGGCUCGAGACGGCUUGCACGGCUUGCGCAGACAUGGCAGCGUACACGGAUCGCCUCGAGGGAGCGCUCGAGAUAGAGAAGAAAGCAAGAUACGAAUUGCAGCAGACUUGUAUGAGCAGUCGCCAGAGCAAGACGCUCCUCAAAAACGGCAUCAGGCAGAGGGACGUCGAGGUACAACAGCUCCGGACCGAGGUCAGACAGAAAGACGCCGAGAUUGGGCAGGCCCGAGAAGAGAUCCUGCGAUACAAGAGAGCCAUCUCGAAGCCCAGCAAGGGACUGAGCUUUGGACGUGAACUGGACCCUGAGCCUGAGUAUGCCGGCUGGCUCCUCACGGUGAUUCCCCAUCUCAAGGACAAGCCGUCGGGUCUUCAAGCAAACGCUCUCGUCGUCGGACUGUCUGCGGUCCUGGUAGAACUCUUGGACGAGGGCCACAUAUUCGGGUAUGCAUCUAGUGACAAUGUCGCCAAAGCCACUGAUCUGCACCUAUCUAUGAGAGACAUCAAAGCCAUCUGGCAACAGAGGAAGCAGUGGGAGUUUUUGACUCGCGAGAUCCUCAAGCAAGACGAUGCUUCUGCGAAACGAGCUGCGGAAAGCCUCUUAGACAGGUUUCUAGCGAAGUCUGGCGAAAUGGUCCUCAAUACUUACAGCAAGCCCAUGAGCUCAGAAGCCACCGCGAGGUUGAGAAAAAACAUGCGGCCCCGCUUGGAAGCUCUCCGAGCGUUGGACUUCCAGGAGGCUGAGUAUUGGCUGGAGCCGAUCUUCUUUCCGUGCGACGAUGGAACAUAUUUCUUGGACAGAACCACAAUGGAAGACGUCAAUGGACGCACCAUGGGCGAUGCUGACGAAGACGACGACCUUGUGCUCGAGACGAUCUGGUUCCCUGCCCUGGUCAAGAGAGACAUCCCAGAGGAUGGCGAGAACGCAGAGUGGACAGUGGUCAGCAAGGCAAAAGUACAGGCGGCUGUCUGA